AUGUCUACUGAGACCGCCACUCCUGAAGUCCUCUGGGCUCAGCGCUCGUCCAGCUCCGAUGCCGCCAAGAACUUUGUCUACCUGACCAUUUCCGUCCCCGACGUUCCCAAGGAGGACAUCAAGCUAGACCUCAAGCCCACCUCGCUCUCCUUCACCGGUACCUCUGGCACCCUCAAGCGCAAGUACCACGUCGUGCUCGACUUCUUUGCCGAGAUCGACCCCGCCGAGAGCAAGAUUAACCACACUGCCAAGAACGUCGAGAUGAAGCUCCAGAAGAAGGAGCUCAAGGAGGAGUACUGGCCCCGCCUGCUCAAGGACAGCAAGCGUCUGCAUUUCCUCAAGACCGACUUUGACAAGUGGGUUGAUGAGGAUGAGCAGAACGAGGCCCCCGAGGAGGACUUUUCUCAGUUUGGCGGCAUGGGCGGCAUGCCUGGUAUGGGAGGUGACUUUGGCGGCAUUGACUUCUCGAAGCUGGCUGGCGGCGGCGACAUGCCCGAUCUCGGCGACGAGGAUGCUGAGGAUGUCGACAGCGGCGACGAUGAGGAGGAUGUCGAGGAGAUUCCCACGACCAAGGCUUAA